AUGGCAUGCCUCACGACUGUCACAGCAACAGAAGCAGCAGCAGCAGCAGCAACGGCACGCGGCGGCCCCGAUAACUCCCUCUUCCGCUACCGCGGCGUGCGGCAGCGCACGUGGGGGAAGUGGGUGGCGGAGAUCCGCGAGCCGCGGCGCAAGGUGCGCUUGUGGCUCGGCUCCUUCGUCUCCGCGGAGCAAGCCGCGCGCGCGUACGACCGCGCUGCGCGGAAGCUGUACGGCGCGGAGGCGGUGCUCAACUUCCCCGCUUCCCCCGCGCCUGCGGCUGCGCCGAACAGGGGAUCAUGUUCCCCCUCCGCCAGCGCCGAGAAACUCAAAUCGUCCGUCCGGAGCGCCGCCGCGAGUGGCGGAAGUCGAAUCGACCCUGUCGCGGUGCUUCCUGCGGCUCUCCCCCGAGCAACACCCAUCACUCCCGAUACAGGCACAUCGUGGAGCUAUCACCUCCGCAACAGCCUCCGCGACAGCGGCGAGAGUAUCAGUUUCCCAAGGUUGUCGAAUUUCCCCAUUCCUGGCCUUACUCCCGCCCCUCCGACUGCUUCUCCUACUGCUACACCUGCUCCCGUUCCUACCGUGACUCCCGCUGCUGCUUUCGAUACAAGUACCUUCGGUACCAUUGGCGCCAGCGGCGGCACCGGCGGCCUCCCCAGCAACCCGUCGCCGUGGCUUGCGCGCUUCAUGCUCGAGAUCCAGGAGAUGCGCAAACUGGCUGCGAUUCGCGGCAGUCUCGCCAGGAGUUCUGGCUGCGGGCGCGAAAUCGCCGCGCAACAACGAAGCAGCGGCUCGCAGCCACCCUGCAGCGGCGGCUCGUCAGCUGUAGCGACGACGAACCAAAGCGGGACUUUUGAGGUGCCUCAGCAAAGGAUUCUGACAACCGCUGCGUGGAUGAGUCAGAAGGCACGAGUGGGUGAGGCGGUGGGAGCGAUGCAGAUGCAACCGCCUUUCAGCCUGCCUGCUGCAGCUCCGUUGGUUAAGCCCCUGGAGGGGCGAGAGCUCGCCCCUGUGAUCAGGCACCUGCCGCCCUUCAGCCUGCCUGCUGCUGCUCCACUGGGCAAUCCCCUGUGGCAUCAGCCGCCUGAUGUCCCUGCUGCUCCAGCAGAUGUGCAUUUGUGGGUAUCACACCCAUCAGCACCGCACCCGAUUGCAGCGCACCUGACCACACCACAAUUGUCAACAGCGUACCCACCAGGAAGCUCGCUCCCAACAUUGAACAACCCCCAGCAGAUUCUCCUGGAUAAUUACGUGAAGCUGACUAAGCGCCACGUGGCAAUGCAUGGUUGUGACUCUGCGACCGCCCCUGCCGCACCACCAGGCACAGUCCAGGUGAAAACGGAAGGGUCAUCAUACAGUGCAGUGGCACCUGCGGUUGAAUCCAUGGGCGUUCCAGGGAUAGAGAUCAAAGCAGCAUUGGAGGAGAUGCGUGGGGUGAGUGAGCAGAGUUGCUUGAGCCCAGGGAAACGUGGGCGACGCGAGGAGGCAUACGGUGGAGAUGGGUCCAAUGCUUUGCAGGGUGAUGCUGGCGCUUCUAGCAGGAAACGCAUGUGCCUGCGGGAAAACGGAAGCGAGGCGAAAGAGAACGAGGGUUCAGAAGGGUUGGACGGGGGCAGCAGCAGCAGCAGCAAGGUUCUUGACGAGGACGGGUUGAGGGAUAGAGACGGUCCGGACGACCAGACGUCGCAAUUGUUGGACGAGGAGGAAGAAGUCGUUGACGGAGAUGACGUUGACGUUGACGGAGAGGACGUUGACGGAGAGGACGUAGACGUUGACGGAGGAGAAGAAGAGGAGACGGACGAGCCGCAGACUACGCGGCUUUAUGUGGAAGAUCUGGUGACUAGCGCGACGGAUCCCGCUAGAACCGGACUCGUCGCUGACGUGGCAGGCAACGUGGACAGCGACGAUGAUGACGAGGAAGAUGACGAGGAUUCGUUAGAAGACGGGUACGCCAGGAUUUGCUGGCUCGGAUCGGAGGAACCUACGGAGGAGAGAAUUGAGGAUCUUAAUAUUAUAGACCGUUGCUUCUUACACGGAGACGUCGUGGCGCGCGCGGACGAUCCGCUGGGGCAAACCGGGACCGUGACAGCUGUCGAGCUGCUAUUGGAUCUCGAGCUCGCGUCGGGGGAGAUUCUGAAAGACGUGGAUUCCAGGCGGUUGGUUCCGAUCCGAUCCGUGAAACCCGGAGUUCUAUUAGCAGACACAGCAGAGGAAGAAGUAGCAGCGGCAGCAGUAGGUGCAGCUGAAAAGGUGGCAGCAGCAGACGCAGCAGCAGACGCAGCAGCACACGCAGCAGCAGUAGCAGAGGCAGCAGCAGAGGCAGCAGCAGAGGCAGCAGAAGGCACAGCAGGAGAGGCAGCAACAGAGGCAGCCGCAGAGGCAGCAGUAGUCGCUUUUGAAAAGGCAGCAUCACGCACAGCAAUAGACGCAAUCAAAACCUCUUCCGCCCUUCUCGCUGCUGCCCUCCCCACCCCUCCUGUUCCCGUGACACCCGCCCCCCUCUCCGUGUUAGUGCGAGGGCCGUGGGGGCGAGUGGGGUACGUGAAAACAGUGGAUUACAAGCAGCGCACUGCCAUCGUCGCCUGGGCUAGGGCUGGGGGCGGCAGCAGGGCGGGAGAUUUGGGUGAAAAUGGGGAGGAUGGGGAUGGAGGGCUGGGGAGAAUGGAGGGUUGUGGUGCGGCAGGGUGGGGUGGGGUGGUGGAGUUUCAGGAGGAGUUGGCUGCGGUGUAUGAGUUGGCUGAGCAUCCAGACUGGAACUUCAGGCUUGGGGACGUUGUUGUUCGGCUGGAAGCAGAGGGAGGAGGAGAGACAGGAGGGGAGACAGGAGGGGAGACCGGGAAAGAGUUAGGGGAAGAGGCAGGGGAGGAGAAACAAGAGGAGAAGGAAAGAGCAGGAGAGCAAAGGGUGGAUGAUAAGGGAGAGGAGAAGGGGGUGGAAGGUAGGAAAGGGGAGGGAGGGGGAGAGCAAGGGGAACAGAGUGGCGCGAUGGAUGGUGAGAGAGGGGGCGAUGGAGGGGAAGGGGAAGGGAAGGAGGGAGGAGAGGAGGGGAAUGAAGUGGAGAAAGCAGAGGAGAACAAGGAUGAGAAGGAAGAGGAAGAGGAUGGGGAAGAGGAAGAGGAGGAAGAAGAGGAAGAGGAGGAAGAGGAGGAGGAGGGAGCGGAUGAUUGGGAGGAGGCAGAGGAGGGAGAGGAAGGUGGUGAUGGGGAUGCGUGUGGGGGGAGUGUGGAUGCGUCAUGGGUGGGCGAGAUUGCUGCCAUGCGCCAUGGGCUGCUCACCGUCGCAUGGGCUGAUGGCUCCAUUUCCCAGGUUCCCCCCACACAUGUCUAUGUCUUACAACCGGAAGAUGAAGAGGACAUGUAUGGAGGUGAUGGCGGGUAUGAAGACGAGGAGGCUUAUACAGAGGAGGAGGAGGAGGACGGAUGGGAGACAGCGGAUGAGGAAGAGGAGGCGGGAGAGAUGCAGCAGCUACAGCAGGCGGGUGCAGCUGCAGCAGGUCUCCCCCAGGCCACAGGGAGAAGAGUAUUGGCAGCAGUGGCUGCAGUAGCAGAAGCAGCAGCAGGAGGGGGAGGAGGAGGAGGAGCAGCAGGUGCAGGGGCAGGAGCAGGAGGAGCAGGAGCAGGAGUAGCUGGGGCAGGAGUAGCUGGGGCAGUGGAUGAUUUAGCUGCAAGCCUGCAAGGGUUGCAGAAUGUAAAGAAUGAGCUGGAAGCGUUUAGCAGGGGGCGCAACUGUGGGGAAUCCGCGCAGGCAGGUGCGGGGAGUGACACGAGGGUUGGAUUGUCAGAGCGACUGGCUGCAGGGAUGACGUCGAUUAUAUCGUUGCUGCAAGAGAUAGUACCAAAGCUGGAUAGGGGCGAGAGGAAAGGAGGAGAGGAUGCGAGGGGUGGAAGGGAGGGAGGAGAGGAGGAGGGGGGCGGAAGCAAGGGGGGAGAGAAGCAGGGGGGCGGAGGGGGAGAGGCGGAGGGGGAUGCGCAACAGGCGGGCAGCAAGGGGAAGGGGUUGUUGGAGCAAGAGGGGGAGGGAGAGAAGAAGCAGAAAGCAGAUAAACCACCAAGUGAACCCGUAGGGAAACCCUUGGAGGGACCUUUGGGUUUGGGCGCAGGUGGGGGGUUGGGGCACAGGCGUAAGGGGGCGGCAGCAAGUGUGUCAGGUGGUCCGAAGGGGGGUUUGGUAGGAGGGCAAGGUGCGGACGGAUCAGGUUUGGCAGCAGGUGCUGCGGAGGGAUCCUGUGGUGGUAAUGAGGAUGGAUCAGCGGCUGCUACUGUGGAGGAGACUCAAGGGGAAGGGAGUAGAGGAGAAGGGGAGUUGGGAGCGCGUGGGGCUGAGAGCUCUGCUGGGAUUGGUCUGGCUCUGCUGCUGGAGGGACGUGGAGGAGGGAAGGAGGGAGAGAAGAGUGGGGCAGGAGGGGAAGGGGAAGGACGAGAGGGAGUGGGGGAGAGAGGAGGGAGGGAGAGGAGACGGGAAGGAGAGGAGGAACGGUUGGAAGAGGUGGGGGAGAGGGCAAGGGAGGAAAAGAUGAAUGCAAUUAUGGAGAGUUUGGGGGUCGGGGGUUUUGUAGUUGAUAAACCAGAAGGGGAGGGUCGGGGUGAGGUGAAAGGGGAAGCAGGGGUGGAUACGCCGCAGGCAGAAAGCAAGGAAAGUGAGGUGGUGACAAGGGAAGAAACAGGGAGAGGGGAAGGUACAGGGGGUGAUGAAGGGACAGGGGGAGACACGGGGGAAGAGAGAGGGGGGGAUACAAGGGGAGAAGGCGCAGCAGAAGGGGGAGAUGCAGGGGGAGAGGCAAGGGAAAGGGGAGGUAAAGGGAAAGAGGAACGGGAAGGAGACGAAGAAGGGGAAGGAGAAGGGGGAGGGAAAGAAACGGCAGUUUCAGCAGGGGCGGGGGCAGCAGGGACAGGGGCAGCAACGGCAGUGGCGGCGAGUGAGGGCGCAUGGCGGCAGUUUGAUAGUGUGACUGGCGCUGCCGACCACUACUAUGCCUCUCAGACGUUCCAGGUAUGCCAGUUCAACCUCCUGCCACGCCACGUUCCCCCAGAGACAGAGAGAAAGGGGGACUUAGCCUCUUCCCUCCUAGCCUCUUCCCCUUCCCCCAGCUAUAUAAUGGCCAGCCGGCACCUUCCCUAG